GAUUGCUGGAAUACCAGCCUUUCUCGUGUUUUACACAGUUCUACCUAGUGCUAUAUAUACAGCGCGACAUAGGAGUAGUAAGGGAAAUUGGUAUGUUCCACCAGAACCUACCGAUGAAUCACCUUCGAUGCAAGCCAAAUUGGUUAGUCAUUCACGGCCAGAAAUUUUUGUGACAGGAGCAUUGUUAACUGUAGUGUUAAUUACUGUAGUCAUAUAUCAUUUUGAGAAUAUCGGAAUUGUAAAACCAGCGAUCCCACUAUCUGUUUUAUGGGGAACCACGACACUCACUACCUUAUAUUAUACAACCUCAACUCAUGAUAUUUCUCACGAAAUAUAUCUCGUGUCUAGCCUGUUAAUGUUUAUGUUGGAAUGGGCUUCUCCAAGGACACCCACGAUCAAAGCCACCUCUGCGAAUCCAGUAACCAGCGUGAAUCUCCCCGCAGCUGAAUCUACAAAAGUUACAACUGCAGAAGAAUCCGAACAUUCAAAAUCAGAAUAA